AUGGCUCCUUCCCCUGAAUUUAUGCAAGACGUCUGGGUGCGGAAAAUGUUCUGUACAACUGGCCACACGUUGCUUGUCUACGACUAUUUUCUAACUCUCAAAGAUGAAGUUUGUUACAUCUGGAACCGUCCCUGGACCAUCGUGAAAGUCAUGUUCCUCAUCAACCGGUAUGGAAACCUUAUUGGGCAGACAUUCAUCCGGCUAGAAGAGGCCGGUCUCCUCUCGCAUGGUUCUCAAGUGAGUCGAUUCAUAUUUUUACUCAGUAAUUGUUCUCAUGCGUACGUGGGCCAUCUGGGGACCCAGAAACGCGUGGCAAAAAUCCUCAUCUGGAGUUACGCCUUCUACAUCCUUGUACUGACGGGCACAGCAAUGUAUGGUGCAACCAUUCCCAUUCAAUUUGCGCAGCUCGACGUGACCCAUAUUUGCAUCGGGACAGCGCCAAUACUCUUUGUCUCGACAAUGCGAUGUCUCCGGAUAUACUCUAGGGAAUUCCAGUCUCUCUACCCUUCUGACCUCCUCCAUAUACUCUUUCGAGACGCAAUCGUAUUUUUCAUUAAAAAGAAAAGGACUGCAUACGCGGACAAUCCAAAAUGUUUCAUCGCUAAAGCGUUUUCGACUCCGAUAGUUUCAGUAGCCGGUCAGCGUCUGGUCUUGAACCUAAGAGGUUCAGAAGGGCGUACCUAUUCGACUCGGGAUCUCAGUCGUGAGGUGGACCGGCAGCUCGAAGCAUUCGCUGCAGCGGACUCUCCAUGUCGAGAUGAUAUGGGUCACCCCGAAAGUGGGGAAAAAUAG